AUGAUAGCACCUUUGAUUUUACUUGGGUGUCUUGUGAGGGCAGACAUAUUCAGUAAUGUCAAUCUCGAGAAGAUUCUAAAUGAAGAGCUGACAGCGGGUAGUGGCAGCAAGCUCGAACCCGAUAGUGCCUUCUUGUCUCAAGUUCGGGGGGAGGAGGGCAUGUCUUCGGUUUCCAGUGCAACGCUUUCUUCCAGAUCUAUAUCGUCUGCAAGUCAGGUCUCGACCUCGAUUAUAACUCCUGAGAAGAAGAAUGGAGAGGAAAUGCCGAUUAUCAUAAUAACGCAGGAGAGCUCAAAGAAUAAAAAAGAGAGCAAGGACGGAAAGGAGCAAGAGGAAAAGAUAGUUAGCAUUGUGAGGAAUGCAAUGUUGGACUCCAAGUCCAAUACGUCCCCAAUGGUGAAGAACGAAGCAGUUGAGAGUGACAACGGAUCUGAUAACGAGGAGUUCAGGGAGGAAUCCGGUAAGAGCGGAAGGAAGGAUAAGCCAGGCACCAUCAACACCUCCUCUCCCCUAGUGGGAAAGGCCAUUGGAGAUAGCAGUGAUAUGGAUUCUUACUGGACAACGGUCAUUGUCGAUAACAAGUUGAGGAAGGUUAAGGUCAACGUUAAGGUCAUGACUGUUGUUGAGGGUAUCGACGAUGCAGAGGGAGGUUCCAAGGAUGGUGAUGCAAAGGAGAAGGAGAAGAAGUUCAACUUCUGGAACAAGUCUGAAGAAAAGCAAGAAAAGUCCAAAGAUGGAGACAUCCCUGCAACCGUCUCUGUUCCCUACAGCAAGAAAAAGGAUGAGAAGAAGACAUCUCAGGAUAGUAAGAGCUCCUCAAGUAGUAGUGGCGGUGGAAAGACAAAGAAGUCAGCAGAGUCCUCGAAAUCUACUGAGCCUGAAGUGGUCUCAUCUUCUAUCUCGUCUGAGAAGAGCACUGGAUCUAAGAAAGAGCCAGAAAGCACGAGGACGGCCUCGAAGGCUUCUGCUUCCAGCAUUUCCAUGAGUGCUGAGACACCGAAGAAAAGCGAUAAAGACGAAUCCACGAGUUCGAAGCGUAGCAAGUCUGUUGCAUCUGUAAAAACACGUUCUGUGUUAUCUACCAAAGGCAAGCCAUCAGACAAAGGAAAAGAGGGAGGAGCCAAGAGCUCUACGGAGAUCAGCAGUACCAGCGAGAAAAGCAAGCAUGGAUCUGUAACAACAACACUUCUAAGCUAUGUCACUACCCAGAGUAUAUCCACUGUAGGCGUAGUAUCUGUAUCCAAGAGUAGGAAGAAGGCCUCCUCUUCCAGCGAAUCUGCGAGUGCGGUAUCCAAGGGACUAAGUCCCAGCAUAUCUGUUGAAUCAAAGAAACCGAAAGGGGGGCCAAAGAGCAUCAAAAGCGUGAGCAUUUUAGCGUCUAAAAAGGAAGGUAAGGGGGAAGCAGGAAAGAAAGACAAAGAUGCCAAUCCCGAAAUGAACGAGCUUUUCUAUGUUCUUAAGAAUAUGCCUGGAAAGGUCAGUAUCAGCAAGUCGGGAGGAAAGAUGUUUGUCGAAGGGAACUUCGUCGCGCCAAAGGAAGAAAAGUUGAAGGACAAGAAGUUCAAAUUCUCUGGGUACAUCCAGGCAACACAUAACCAGUGA